CGCUCCUCGCCUGGCUCGCCUCAGUCCUCAGUCAGUUUAUUGCUGGAGACGAGGUGCGGCGCACCAACUACGUGCAGGACCCUCCGAAGCUCAGGUCGCGCCCCUAUCCGACCCUGACGUCGACUUCCACCCUGAUCCGCCACCAAAACGAAACCACCCUCAGCACCAUGCCGCAGGUAGUUCCCUCUAUGGGCUACUACAGUCCGCUGCCCAACUACAUGAGCUCGUUCGCCGCUGAGAGUUUCGACCUUUCACUUCUGCCUGACGACAGUGCGGUGCCCGGCUCGCCCAACGAGCUCGACCUGAUGCUGUACCUGGCCGACAGCGGCGCUGUGUCGCCGCCGUACUCAGGAGGCCCCCUCUUCGAGCCUGCUUUCAAAGGUGGCUUCAAGGAGGAGCCCCUGUCCCCCCACAGCAGCGGCUACAGCUACGCCGACAGCAUUUGCAGCUCGCCCGGCAACUCGAGCGCCCAGCGCUGUCCCUCGCCCUACAGCCCUGCAGCAGAGGUCUGCACCACCCCCAAGGUGGAGGACACGUGCGCCAACCUGAGGGGCCUCCUGCAGGACCCGCCGCAGCGCACCCAGGACGAACUCACCGCCCUGCUGCAGGCGCCGCUCAAGAGGAGCGCCCACGACAUCUUCCAUCAGGAAGGCGCUGCCAGGAAGAGGAUCAAAGAAGAAGUGCCUUCCUUUGACGACUUCUACCCCAUCAAAGAGGAGAUGUGCCCUUCAGAGUACAAAGACAAGAAGAGCAUUCUGGACAGCCUGCUUGAAGGCACCAGCAAGUUCAAAAACAACGCCGCCUCCACCUCUGGCGCGGACCAGCAGCAAUUUGUUGGUUCGCCGCAGCCAGACUUGGGCUGUGAAGUGGAACAGAUUGCACCUGUGCUCUCCAUGGCAUUCGAGCAGCUCAGAAAUGACGUUGACAACACCUGCAGUGUCCUGGGCAUCUCAACAGAGCCCAGCAAGUGGACGGUGGAAGACGUUAAAGCGUGGCUGUUGUGGACUCUGAGACAGUACGCUCUGCCUAUGAUUUCCAUGGAGUAUUUCAAUAUGGACGGUUCCACCUUCGUGAACCUGACGGAAGAGGACUUCCAACAACUUGCUCCGCCGUGCGGCUCCACUCUCUUUGCUCAGUUAGAGAUUUGGAAAGCUGCCAGCGCUGAAAGAACCCUGAGCCCACAGAACCAGUGGACCACAUCCUCACAACCUUCAAGUGUUGAAGAGAGCGGAGAUUUAUCCGACGGUGAAAUCUCGACGAGUAGCCCUGCGCCCAUAAGCAGCAGUGGAAGCGGAACGGGCACCUCAAGUCGCAAUGGAGGUUCACACAUCCAUCUGUGGCAGUUCCUGAAGGAACUGCUCAGCCAGCCACAGAUGCACAGCUCCUGUAUUCGUUGGCUCGACCGGCCCCAGGGCGUCUUCAAGAUCGAAGACUCAGUCAGGGUGGCCCGCCUGUGGGGCCGUCGCAAGAACAGACCCGCCAUGAACUACGACAAACUGUCCCGGUCGAUCAGACAGUACUACAAGAAGGGAAUCAUGAAGAAGACGGAAAGGUCGCAGAGACUGGUGUACCAGUUCUGUCAUCCCUACUGCUUGUAGAGAGGAAAGAAAAAUAACCACGGUUCUAGGGUAGUCUGUAAAUUAGCAGGGGCCGAUUGAUCGGAAUAAUCUCUCUCUCUCAUAAGUUAUUAUCAAUCAUUAAUUUAAACAUAAUUUAUGUAUUUAAACACUAAUGAUAAAAAGGAAGGUAAUUUCCUUGUAAGGGUCACCCCAAAAAUUUUGAAACUCUGGUCGAGUUGCAUGUGCAAUUUGCUUGAGCAAUGCUCCCUCAAAGGUGAUGCUUCUCGAGCAAUUGUAGCACUCGUUCAGGGAUUUUGUUCCCAUAUAUCUAUGAUAUAUAAUGCUGCGUACGUUCUAUGAACACUUGUAAAAUUUGCCGGUCUUAUGUGAGACGGCAAGAAAGUAAUUUUAAGAUAAAUGUAGUGCGAUUCAAUCUAGACCAAUAAGGUAAUUUAUUGCUGUCUAGCAUUGUAGCCAUUGGGUACGGACUUUCGUAUGGUGUAAUCUUACUUUGCAAUAAAGAAAAACUAACAUUAAAAUUAAA